AUGUCAGAACACAGCAGUGAAUCCACAACACUUGAUGAAUCUCACCCAGCUGCAGAAGAGGUCCAGUCUGACUCUGAGAAAGGUGCAAUGGCUCAGGAGUCUCCCAAAAAUUCAGCUGCAGAAAUUCCUGUGACUAGCAAUGGCCAGCUGGAAGAUUCUCAUGAGCACAGCUUUAACAGGGACUUGAAACGUUCGUUACCAGUCGGACUUGGACUUUCUGAAACCAAAAUAACAUCUCAUGGCUUUGACAGCACCAAAGAGGGAGUCGUUGAGGCAGGACCAUUUCCAGGUAAAGGUUCCUCAGCAUCACCCAAAUCAUCUGUUAUAUCUCCUAGCACUGCAGCAGCUAGCAGACUGGCUGGACAAGGUUGUGAUUUAAUUAUUCCCACAGGGGGCAGAGCUCAGCAGAAGAGUGGACCUGUUGUGUUAGCAGAUGAAGUAAAGAAUCCAGCAAUGGAGAAAUUGGAGUUGGUGAGAAAGUGGAGCCUAAACACUUACAAG